GCGUCUGACCCCUACCCCGGGCAGGCCGAGGGCGUUGGAGCCCGAGAAGAUCGAUCGGCUCCGCCCCCUACGGCUUCACUCCCUCUCCCGCGGAAACGAUGGCCGACGAUGUCGAUUCUCCAGCCAAUCCUGGCCAUGCUUCGACUCAUCCCGCUCUCUGAUUGGAUAAACAGGAGCGCCCUGAGACGGAUGUUGUCCUCUCCGCAGUGACCAAAGCAGGCAAGAUGGCGUCGAGUGAUGGGAAGCUUGGGAGUUUAUUCGACCACCACGUCCAGAGGGUGGUUUGCGACACGCGGGCCAAAUAUCGGGAGGGUAGACGGCCUCGCGCUGUUAAGGUGUAUACAAUCAAUUUGGAAUCUCGGUACUUAUUAAUACAAGGAGUUCCUGCAGUGGGAGCAAUGAAGGAAUUAGUUGAGCGAUUUGCUCUAUAUGGAGCAAUUGAAGAAUAUAAUGCUCUAGAUGAAUAUCCAGCAGAAGAUUUUACAGAAGUUUACCUUAUUAAAUUUAUGAAUUUACAAAGUGCAAGGAUAGCCAAGAGAAAAAUGGAUGAACAGAGUUUCUUUGGUGGAUUGCUUCAUGUGUGCUAUGCUCCAGAAUUUGAGACAGUUGAAGAAACCAGAAAAAAAUUAGAAGAGAGAAAAGCUUACAUAGCAAGAACUACUAAAAAUAAAGAGUAUUACUUGACAAAGAAGAAACUGGUUCCAGAGCAUAAAAACACACGAGAUUUUAGACAAGACUUAAACUCGAACAUGUCUGGAUUUUGUGAAGCUGCUUCGAACGCUUCCAAUGGGAACUCAAAUCCUUGUCUUCCUUAUUCUUGUGAAUUACCUUUAUGUUAUUUUGCUUCAAACUGUACUUGUUCAUCUGGGGAGCAUGUGAACAAAGCAUCAAACUUCUAUAAGGAUGGUAGAAACCAUAAUGAAACAGUGAAGCAUUGUAACCACAGUGACUCUUUGCAAAAUAUGAACACUUUCAAAAAUUCAGUACCCUACUCUGGUACACAGAAGGCUCUAAUUCCUCCUUCAGGGUCAAUUGACAGGUUUAUGCCUAGGACAACACAACUGCAGGAGCGGAAAAGAAGAAGGGAAGAUGAUUGUAAACUUGGAACUUUUCUUGAAACAAACAGUAAUGAGGUUAUGAUUGGACCCAAGUUACCAGACAUACCUAAAGUGGACCUUCAGGAUGACUCUCUGAAUACAACGGCGAACUUAAUUCGGAAUAAACUUAAAGAGGUAAUUUCAUCUGUGCCAAAGCCUCCAGAAGAUGUGCCUACAAGUUGUCCAUUAAAACAAAGAAGAAGAAUAUAAAUUGCCAGCAGCAAUUUAGUAUUUUCUAAAGAGAAUAUUUAUUUUAUUUUU